ACGUGUGCAAAACAGCGUCUACCGUACAUGUAACAUGGCGUUAAUUGAUGCCAAAAUGUCUGGAUAUUUCCAGCAAUAUGUCGUCCCUCUGGCUGGGCUGUUCAUUGUUUUGAGAAUUCUGCAUUCUAUUUACUUGAAGCUCCAUCCGAUUGUCUUUGCUAUGAUAUGUCCGAUAGUGUCGAAAAGGCAUCACGGUGACAUCAAAGAACAGAAGGAAAAACUAUUUUCUGAACUCUUGAACUCCCGCCCCUAUCGCGACGACAGCAACCAGCGAUUUUUGGCUUUGGAGAUCGGGUGCGGCACCGGGCAGAACUUCGCCUUCUAUCCCCCCAAUACCAGUCUUGCUGUCGUCGAGCCGAAUUCCAGAUUCGAGACGAGUGUGACGAAGAAUGCUGCGAAAUACCCAUCGCUGGAAAUUACAAAGUUUUUGAGUAUGGGGGCUGAGGAUCUGAGAGGACAUGUUGAGGACUCUAGUUUGGAUGCAGUUGUUAGUACUCUCACAAUGUGUUCUGUGAAAGACAUCGAAGCUGUGCUUAGCGAGGUCUAUCGGAUUCUGAAACCGGGAGGACGUUUCUUCUUCAUUGAGCACACGGAGACACACACCAAGAACAGCUGGACCCAUCUCUUCCAGAGGAUCCUGGCCCCUUUUUUCUACUCCUUGGCUGGAUGUCAUAUCAACAAUACCUUCUGUGGUACUCUUGACCGGGCUGGCUUCGGUAAGGUGCAAUAUACCAAGAUGGAUAUACGCAAGUGUCCGCGUCUUUUUCGAUCCCACGUGUUCGGAUGUGCUACGAAGUAGUUGCCAGAUACCCUUCCAACAUCCUGGUAAUUAUUAUUGAGGAUAUGUCGGGGGGGGGGGACACUUAGCUGUUCAUUUUUUCUGUUCCCAAGUUUUGAUUUGUUCUUAACCCAAUUGCAAUUGAAGGGCUACUUUACUGGAGGGGGGGGGGGCUAUUAAUAUGGGUCAUUUGCUGCAUUCAAUAUAUUGGUAGUAUGCAGGUAAGCUUGCAGUCUUGUGGAUAGAUCCCCCUUUUCAUUGUUCUUCUUUGCUUUCAAAGUUUGAAGUAGAUGUAUUAAAAAGGAAUGGGAACCAGUAUCCUUUGGGCUACUCCUGGGCCCUGGCCACCAGUCAAUGGGUCUUUCAAUUGUGUAUGUAUUUGGUUUUUUGCCAGAAACAAAAUAGAUAAAUAAAUAAUUACCUUAGACCAGUGCCUUCUUCAAUCUGAGAUUUGAUUAUCAAAUCAUGACAGUUUUAAUCUGAAUUGAGGCACUGAUGAAACCUCUCUGUCCGUAGAGGAUUUGCAUGUUAAAAACCUUGGUAUGUGCAUGGACCAAUAUAAUUGUAAUUUGUAUGUGUUAUGUUUCAUAAAGACUUGUUACAAAUGCACAUGUUUACUACCAGCCAAUCAAAUCAAAGGAUUUCAGUAGCUUUAAACUGUUAUUGCAAAUUUGCUGUUAUGACAAGUUUAUGAAACGGGUCCAUGAUGUCUUUAAAGUAUUAUAUACUAUACACCUACACUUGUAUUUGUGUGUCAUUUUGUACCAAAAGUGAUGGACGGAAAGGGUGCAUGUUCAAGAAUGUCAAAUGGGAGAGUUUGCCCUUCAUAAUUUACUUAUGGGGGAGUUUUCAUUCACUUGUCUCAUUUUUUUUUCAAAUUUUCACCAUUUUCUCUUUCAUAUAUAAUUAUUCCUUUCACGCUAAUCAGUUUAUCAACAAGUUUCAGUUUCAGUUUGGUUUAUUUUCAUUUCAACUCGAAUCAAUUUAACAGCAAAAGAAAUCAUUACAAAGAUAUUAAUGAAUAUGCAAGUAUAUACAGUAGAUUUCUAUGACAUAGAUAAAUCAAUAUUUACAAUCGACAAGUUUCAACCCCCUUGGAAAGUGAAUAUUUAUCUACUUUAUAAAAGGGGUAGUAAAAUGACAAGUAAAGGUUGCCAAAGUUGUUUUUUUUUGUAAAGUCAUGGUUUUAACUGUUCUACAAAUACAACUUCUACAGGUGUAUACAGAAAAUGGGAAAUUUGUGUUCUGAACAACUACAUUCUGUCUCUAUUCCAAUUUGGUGUGUGAUACAUGUAGAUAGCUCCUCUGUUGAACACAUUCCACUGUAUUCUUUGAUAAUGGUCUUUCAGACUCUGAAUGUAGAUUUGAAUUAUCGUUGGUGUGAACUUUAUUAUAGUUUAUGGUAUGUUUGGGUAUUUUCAAGUAGAAGUGUAGAAAUCAAAGAUUUAUUUUUAAAAUCAGAAAGGGCAUUGGAAGCCAUAUUAUAAAGCUAGAAAGUUAAAAUCUAUUUUUAAAAAGAAAUAAUAUGAAGAAAAUUGUAUUUCAUAAUGGUUCACCUUGAUAAAAAUCAAACUUUUUUUGCUGCUGCAUAUCAGAUAUCUCACCAAUAAAUCUUAAUGAAAAAAAAAGAUAGAAAAAAUUUAUGAAUGCCAUUUGUCUUUAUUCCAUGUUAAAAGAUGAAACAGAAUGCAUGAUCCUGACAUUUCAGAAUAAAAGAUUACUUUCCAUGUGAAAUGCACUGUGUAAUAUUGAUAUGAUUUUCUGCAAAAAAUACUGCAUUUGCAUUGAUGUGCGCAGUAAUGGUAGUACAGAGGUGUAGAGGUGUUGUGGCUCAGUGGAUAAGUCUUCAGACUUUGAACCACAAGGACCGGGGUUCAAAUCCCACCGCAGCACUAGCACUCUUUGGCAAGGUGUUUAUUUACAUUUGCCACUCUUGACCCAGGUGUAAAUGGGUACCCAGUAGGAAGGAAUUCCUUGAAUGCUUGAUGCGCCCAAUCAGGGUAGCUGGGGUAGUAGUACAUGUACGUAGCAGAAACAUUUGUAGUGCUUCCAUAUAUUACAGGUUUUUCAAAACCUUUCUAAAUCCAGUGUACUAUGUAUGUAUAAUAAAGUGCAGUAAUUUUGAGCAAACUGCUCAUUUCAAAACUGAACAUCAAUGCGAGUAACACAAACCAAAUAACUACCUCUGAUUUUGUGUCAGAUUGCAUUUAUUUUCCAGUUCUGUAUAAAAUGCAAUCGGUAGAUUUUCCCUGUUACAACGAAACUGUUGUGCAUUGUGACGUGACAGACCAUGCACUGUUAAUCACAAGAUAUACAAUGGGUGAUUGUUUUGGAUCAUGCUCCAUUGAUCAAGAGUUUAAGCAUGAACUCCAGAGCGCACUGUGAUUUUCAGAUUUUAAGGUACCAUAUUUAUAAUUGUCCCCGAAUAUGUGAAUGUGAUUUUGAAUAGGAUUUCUCAACAGUUUUUUUUUUGGGGGGGGGUAGUCUGUGCAUGCCUGCAUGACUGAAAGCAAAUCUUAAUUGUACUCUAAUCCAAACAUGGCAAUGGAAUUCUGCAGUGUGAUUUUAAAAAUGUAUUUGAAGCUUUUAAAGAAUAAUACUUGAUCGCAAAGCCAGACAGGCAUCUAGGAAUAUUAUAAGGAACAAAAAAGACCCCCCAAAAAAACAUCCUAAUGUCUAGUAGGACCUGGGGUCCUACUAAAAAUGUCAGUGAUUGCAAGCAGAGAUCACUCAAUUCCAUACAACUCUGAAUGGUGUAAAGUGUUGAAUCAGAUUAGAAGCAAAACUUUUCUUUUCUUGAAUUCUCAAAUUGAAAUUUGUUUGUUUGUUAAAUGCAGUAUAUCAUUUUUCAUUUCAUAGUAUUAGAGGCUAUUACACUUCCAUAUUUUUUAUACAUGUAAACUUUAUUUUGUAUAAAAUUCUUUGUUUUUUCAACUGAUCCUUGCAUAUAUGCAUACAUGUAAUUUUUUUUAAUGGUAAUUACAUGAUUGCGAGUUAUAUUUCGAACAUUGUGUGUACAAAUAAAAUCCCAGAUAUAUUGUGAUUGUUUAAUUCUACAAUGUACAUUGAAAUGGUAGAUUUAAGUUUACCAAAGAAGUUGCUAAAUUGUGUGUAUUUUUCGUCAUUGUUCAGUGAACUGUUUCACAUCUGUUUAGCAACUAAUAUCAACACCAAUCACUUAUUCUAUUUUUGCAAUAUACAUGUAUGCAAAGUCAAGUUGAAACAGACAUUUGAGUAUUUUCCCAUGAUUUUUCUUUUGUUGUUGUUUUAAACUUGGUUGUAGUACAGUUGAUACAUGUAUGCUUCAAGUCCAGAUAAGUUUGUGUUGUUUUUUUCUUCAUUCUCUAUCUAUAUUACACCUUUGAAACAAAAUCAAUGCAUUCCCAUAAAUCAACUUUCCUUGGGAAAAUAACAUGUUAAUGUUACAUUAUAUUAUAAUAUCCAGUACAUUAUAUGGUUUUUUUUUGGGGGGGGGUGGGGUGACAAGACCAUGUUACGGCACAUAUUACAUGUACAAUGUCUUUAUGUACCAUACUGAAAUAAGAAUACAUUCACAUGUAUGUACAAUACUACAUACUUGUACAUGUGUGUACAUGUGUACACUGAUUAAGCCAAAAUAAAAAGAGGCUUGAUCAUCACCUCUGUACAUAUUUAUGCAUAGAACCAGGUUCAAUUUAACCCACCAGCAUCACUUGUGUUCUGUUUAAUGAUUGAAAUAUCAUAUUGCCAUCUUUUACUUGUUUGUGUAAUAAUGGACCUUGUCACCUUGAGUGUUCUCGAGAACAAAAUGCAGGAAAAUCAAAUUACCAUUUGGUAUUUGAUACAGAAAAUGAUAAAGAGGGAAAUAGAGAUAACUUUUAUUUGAUGAUUAAGAGAACUUUGCAUUCAAGCUAAAUAUUUUCUUUUCUUUUCAAGAGCUACUUUACACAACUUACUGCCUGAAUCUGCUACACUGGAUAUUAAACUUUAACAAUAACAUUUCAGUACGGUAUAUUACAAUGAUUGGGAAUUUCCAGGACCCUUUUGACUAUUUCAGGAGCUAUUUAAUUGUACCCAGCCCCUUUGUCAUAUUUUCCCUUGGUUGCAUUCAAACAGAGGAUUGUGUUUUAGUCCUUUACCUACUUUUUGCCCUUUCCUCGUUAUUCAGGAUUGUUAAUCUGUUAUGAAAUAAGAGCAGAAUGUGCCUGUAUCUGUAAAUAGUGAAGUUGUAAAAACAUCCAAUGCAAUUCAUUUUGCGAUCUCCAUGUAAAGAAUUAAAAAGCGAAACCAAAGUUUAUCAAUCAUGUGUAGAUGAAACUAUAUACAUGUACAUGAAACCAACAUGGUGUAUGUAGUAUAGUUCAUUAUUCAUGUGUUUUUAUAUGAUAAAUAAAACUUGAUGUAAAUAAUGCUGCA